UUGUCAGUCUACACUCACAGGGAAGCCAAACUCAGUCCCUCUCUCAACACAUACACACAGAACAUACCGUUUCUGUCUUUAGACAGUCUUCAACAUCAGGAGACAGUUGUCAUCAUGUGGAUCUCUGUGUUUCUGAUCAGCGCAAUCCUUCACAUUACUGCAGGAAAUGAAGGCUGUACCCUUUCAGGCACUAACAUUCGACUGCAGGAGAUCACUGCAUUUACAGGCCAGUCUGUUCUCCUGCCCUGCUCCUGUACUGUACGUCAGUUUGAUACUCCUAGACUCACAUGGACUAAAUUGAGUCAGGAGACUGUUAUAUUAACCCAGAGUGAGCUCUACAGAGACAGAGUGGAGCAGUUUAAUGAAAAAUUUCCUGGGAACCUCUCUGUCCUCCUCUCACACCUCACUCAGGAUGAUCAGGGAGAUUACAGAUGUACAAUCAAGGAUAGAGAAAACAGGGACGAAUACAGGGACAUCAGACUCCAUGUUAAAGGCUGCACUUUGUCAGACUCUAACCAACUGGAGAUAGUUAGAUCCCGGGGCCAGUCUGUGCUCCUGCCCUGCUCCUGUACUGAACUCCAGGCUAAACCUCUCAGACUGACAUGGACUAAAUUCCUCGAUGGACAGACACACGCAAUACCAUUAAGAGACAGAGUGGAGAUGUUUAAUACUGAGAAAUCUCCAGGGAACCUCUCUGUCCUUCUCUCAUGCAUCACUAAGGAGGAUCAGGGGUGGUACAGGUGUGAAAUAAACAACCAAAACUUUAGAGACAUACGUAUCACUGUUAAAGGUAAGAGAUCUGAUAAUGAUGCAUUUUAUCACAGAGGUUUCUCCGUAAAUAACUUAACAUCAUAAGAACAGAAUGGCCACGAAUGCGUACAGAGCAGCAGUUUGUAGAUUUCCUGACAGUUGUGUAGAAUGUAGCAGCACGGUAUGGUUAUUAUCACUAGUAGUAACUGAUAAAAAGUGAGUAUUGUCUGCACACUGAAAAACAAGCACUGUGUUCACAAUUUAAGUUGACUUUGUCAUGCUCAAGAGGUGCAUAACAAAAUAAGUUUAGAAGAGGGUAAAGAUGGGUAUUCAAAACACCUUGAACUCACAUUCAUAACACCUUUUAAUUCAUAACAACAUAACACAUAUUCAACAUCAACACUGUUGAAGGCCUACCGACCAAUAUAGUGCAAUUGAGUGAGUGGAAUAUCUCUCUUUAAACACAACAAAUAGCCUAGAUAUAGAACAUGUAAACUAAUCUGGGACUCAUGUUAGUUGCAUAGUAUUGGCAGAGCCCAUUCUAACAUGCGCCUCUGCUCUAGCUAACACUAGGCUAAUGGUCCUCUCUCCUGUUAGAGACAGAUGGAC